AUGACUUGUGAAACUGCAAAGGAAGUUUGGGAUUCUCUCACAGUGGCUUUUCAAGACAAUGACAGAAUAAGACAAAUGCAAGUUUUGAACCUUAUGAGAGAAUUUGAACUUCUUAGGAUGAAAAACAAAGAAAACAUUAAAGAGUAUUCUGACAGACUCUUAAAUGUUGUGAACAAAAUUAGGUUGAUUGAAGAACAGCUUUCGGAUAGCAGAGUUGUAGAGAAAGUCUUGGUAAGUUUACCAGAAAGGUUUGAAUCCAAGAUUUCCUCCCUUGAAGAUUCAGGGGAUCUCUCUCGGAUAACCUUUCUAGAAUUGAUCAAUGCUUUAGAGGUACAAGAACAAAAACGAACCAUAAGAACUGAAGAAGUCAUUGAAGGUGCUUUUCAAGCAACAAAUAAGGAUCAAAUUCAACAAAGUGGUAGAAAUGACCAAAAGAAAAAUAGCAAAGAUGAGAAGAAAAAUAGCAAAAAUCCUCCGUAUUCAUACUAUAGUGGUUGCACUCAUCACAUAGCAUAUGAUGAAUCUAUAUUUCAAAAACUUGAUAAAUUGCAAAUCUCCAAAGUCAGAAUUGGAAAUGGAGGUUAUAUUGAGGUGAAAGGCAAAGGUAGUGUUACUAUUGAUUAUGGUUCAAGUAGCAAAAUUAUUUCUGAUUUUUUGUAUGCACCUGAAAUUAAUCAAAAUCUAUUAAGUGCUGGACAGUUAUUAGAGAAGAAUUAUUGA